AUGAUGAUGGAGUCCAGUAUCAACAGCGCAACAAUCUUACCACCCUACGAAGAAGAAUUCGAACCAGUUGAUAAUCUUCAUUGGUCUCCAGAAACAGCAAACAACAUUUAUUUGUUUUGGAUACACCAGCUUCAAGCAUCGAAAUUUAUUAAAUAUGAUGUUUUACAACGUUAUUGGAAAACACUGGUAGAUAAAACUGAAAAAGAUAGUGAAUCACCGUCAGAUCCUGAAUAUACUAAUAUAGUGUUCAAAAAAUCGCAAUGUGAUAAACACUUUAAUUCUUAUAAAUGUGUAAAAAACAAAAUAACCACUAUUAAUAACCUAGUUUUAAAACAAGACAAAAAUAUAGUCGCAUUAGAAAAAAAGUUUCUCAAGAAAGAAUCAUAUUUUUUCAAUCUUCCAUUUGGAAAUUUGAGUAAUAAAGAUGCUUCUAUUACUGAUAAUAUUGAUAAAUCAAAAGACUAUGAAUUUAAAAAACAUGGAUUUAAACUAAAUAUAAGAGUAUUUUCUCCUUCAAAUUUUCUCCACCCCUAUGAUAUAUUUAAUAGUGAUUAUCUACCAGAUUUUACUUUUAAAGGAAAACUUGUAAUUGAAAUUAAUUUUCCCAUCCAGGUAAAAGUUGAUUUAAUAUUCUUCAAACAACUCUCACAAUUUUCAUCUAAUAAAAAAUUUAACGCUCGUAAAGUUCUUCAGUUUAUCAAUGAUACAGAAAAUGUAGAAACUAAACAAUUUGUAAUUAACGACGAAAACAACAAGGUUGAUCACUUAUAUGAAAUUAAAACGAAUGGACAAUAUAUAGAUAGGUUUAGAAUGUUAAUCAUACCAGAUAAAGAAAAUAAUUAUCUUUCAUUUUGUGAUUUUGAUAUGAUAUGGGGGACGGAAACUCCACCAUCAGUAAGUAUUAUUAGAAAUCCAGAACCACAAAAAAAAGAUAUAAGCUUUUAUGAGUUUUUACGAGCAACAGACUUUGAAUACGUAAAACUAUAUUUUGUUAAUGAUGGUAAAUUUACCUCAAUUGAUAUUCAUAAAAGUCAACAACAAAAAUUUUUUUUGAUAAUAGAUGAUGCAUAUGUUAAUAUAUCAAUCUUUAUUAGAAAACCAAAAGUUUCAGUUCAGCUGAAUAAGAUUAAUGAUUCGAAAGAACAAAUAUCAUUAGUAAUUAUGGAUUAA